AUGACAAACCCAACACUCGACCACGACUCAUCCAUUUUGAUCGUUGGUGCAGGAACAUGGGGCUGCUCAACGGCCCUUCAUCUAGCCCGCAGAGGGUAUCGAGAGGUUCGUGUCCUGGAUCCUUUUGUCGUACCCUCGCCCAUUGCAGCUGGCAAUGAUGUCAACAAAAUCAUGGAGCAUAAAGAGUUUAAAGAAAACUACCAAGAUGCCAAAGCGAUUGCUGUCGCGACGUUCAGUCGGGCAGCUCUGAAAGGAUGGAAGACCGAUCCCGUCUUCACCCCUUAUUUCCAUGAAACCGGAUUCAUUCUGGCGGCGAGCGACCCGGGCCUGAUUGCAUAUCUCAAGAAGGAAGAGAUCGACCCAAUGCAAGCCGACUUCCAAAAUCUGCAGACUCCUUCGGAGUUUCGCAGCACGAUGCUCUCGGGUGUGCUGACGGGAGAAUUUCCCGGAUGGCGGGGUUGGGUAAGCUACAAAGACGCAGGCUGGAUCCAUGCCCGCAAAGGUAUUAUCUCGGCGGCCACAGAGGCCCAAAGACUCGGCGUCAACUUCAUCACAGGCAGCCCUCAGGGUCAUGUCAUCGAGCUCGUCUAUCAGGACGGGGACGUGAAGGGAGCCAAGACUGCGGAUGGAAAACUGCACUUGGCCGAUCAUACUAUACUCGCAGCCGGUGCUGGGUCUGACCAGCUUCUGGACUUUGAGAAACAGCUUCGACCGACGGCGUGGACGAUCUCUCAUAUUAAGUUAACUCCGGAGGAGGCACGAAGAUAUCGUAAUCUCCCGGUGCUGUAUAAUCCUGGAAUGGGCUUCUUCAUCGAACCUGAUGAAGAUAAGCAUGAGCUCAAGAUCUGCGAUGAGCAUCCGGGAUACUGCAACUUUGUGGCAGACUGGCAGCGACCGGGCGAAGAGAGGAGCAAGCCCUUUGCCAAGGAACAGAUUCCCUUGGAGGCAGAGGCACGCGCGAGACGCUUUUUGCAGGAUACCAUGCCUCAUCUGGCGGAUAGGCCUCUCUCGUUCGCAAGAAUCUGCUGGGAUGCGGAUACUGUCGACCGGAGAUUUUUGAUUGACCGGCAUCCAGACUAUACUUCGCUCGUGGUAGCUGUUGGAGGAUCAGGAAAUGGAGCCAUGCAGAUGCCCUCGAUCGGGGGAUUUAUCGUGGACGCAUUGGAAGGGAAGCUGCAGGAUGAAGUCCGCGAUGUGAUCCGCUGGCGACCCCAGUUGGCUAUCAAUCGGGAUUGGUACGCUACGCAAAAUCGGCACGGAGGUCGGCAUGAAGUCAUGAAUUUGCAAGAUAUCAAGGACGAUGAAUGGACUUGCUUCCAAUGA